AUGGAGGUGGAAACGGGGAAGGGAGACAAGAAGAGAAGCCCUUUCUCCUCUUUCUGGACCAUCUUCAUGCAUGCAGAUGCUACGGACAUGUUGCUGAUGACUGUGGGGUUCGUCGGCGCCGCCGGGAGCGGCUUCACGACGCCCUUCAUUCUCCUCGUCACCACCAGCAUCAUGAACAACCUCGGCGCCGGCCCCUCCACCUCCACUCAUUUCAUCGACAACGUUAACAAAAACUCCCUCGACUUUGUGUACCUGUCGCUGUUGGUCUUCGUGACGUGUUUCUUAGAAGGAUACUGUUGGACGAGGACAGGGGACCGACAGGCCAUGCGUAUGCGAACGCGAUACCUGAAGGCGAUCCUGAGGCAGGACGUGGAGUACUUCGACCUCAACGUCACCUCCAUGUCCGAGGUCAUCACCAGCGUCUCCAGCGACAGCUUCAUCAUCCAAGACGUCCUCGGCGAGAAGGUGCCCAACUUCGUGAAGAACGUAGCGUUGUUCGUCGGCAGCUACUCGAUCGGGUUCGUCGUGAUGUGGAGGCUCGCGCUGGUUGCCUUCCCCACUUUCUUGCUUCUCGUCAUACCUGGCAUCAUGUAUGGUAGGAUAUUCAUGGACCUGGCGAAGAAUAUCCGUGAUGAGUACGAGAAGGCCGGCGCCAUCGCGGAGCAGGCGGUCUCCUCCGUGCGCACCGCCUACUCUUCCGUCGCCGAGCUGCGCACCAUGAGCAUGUUCUCGAACGCGCUCGAGGAUUCCGUGAAGCUCGGCCUGCGUCAGGGGCUGGCCAAGGGCGUCGCCGUCGGGAGCAACGCCGUCACCUUCGCCAUCUGGGCCUUCAUAACUUGGUACGGCAGCCGGGUUGCCAUGCACCACGGUGUCAAGGGUGGCCAUAUCUUCGCUGUUGGCACUGCAAUCGUCAGAGGAGGCCUGGCAUUCGGAUCUGGGCUCUCCAACAUCAAGUACUUCUCAGAGGCGAGCUCGGCCGGAGAGAGGAUUCUGAAAGUGAUGAAAAGAAUACCGAGAAUUGAUUCAGACAGCACAGAGGGCAUAGUAAUGGAGAAGAUCUCCGGCGAUGUGGAGUUCAGAUCGGUGGAAUUUGUUUACCCUUCACGUCCCGAUAGCAUCAUACUGAAUGACUUCAACCUGAAGGUUGCGGCAGGAACUACGGUAGCUUUGGUUGGUGUCAGUGGAUCGGGGAAGUCAACAGUCAUCGCACUGAUGGAGAGAUUCUACGAUCCACGACGGGGUGAGGUUUUGCUUGAUGGAAUUGACAUAAGGAGCCUUAGACUCAAAUGGUUGAGGUCACAGAUAGGAUUGGUAAGCCAAGAGCCAACCUUGUUUGCCACCUCCAUAAAGGAGAACAUAUUGUUUGGCAAGGAAGAAGCAACCAUGGAAGAGGUGGUGGCAGCUGCCAAGGCCUCUAAUGCCCACAACUUCAUCUCUCAGCUGCCCCAGGGAUAUGACACGAAGGUAGGAGAAAGAGGCAUUCAGAUGUCAGGAGGUCAGAAGCAGCGGAUAGCGAUCGCAAGGGCUGUGCUGAAGUCGCCAAAGAUUCUGCUUCUUGACGAAGCCACAAGUGCAUUGGACUCGGAGUCGGAGCGGAUCGUCCAAGAAGCACUCGACCUGGCGUCGGUUGGCCGGACCACCAUCGUCGUAGCCCACCGCUUGUCCACGAUCCGGAACGCCGACGCGAUCGCUGUGGUGCAGGCCGGCCGAGUCAUGGAGCUCGGCUCCCACGACGACCUCAUUCGCGAUGAAGACGGACUCUAUUCAUCCCUCGUUCGCCUCCAGCAGACGACGAGAGCAACAGUGGGCGAGGACUCCAGCUCAUCGUCGGUAGCACCGGUAGCCUCCUCUCUGCUCUGUGACCGCAAGAGCCGUAGCUUCUCAGUUUGCAGCAGAUCCAACUCUGCUACCUCUUCAAGGCACCAAGAAGCGCACGAUGAGCUCGAGGCGAUUGCUCGCCCGGUUCCUUCCCUGCGGAGGCUGCUGCUGCUGAACGCACCAGAGUGGCGGCAGGCGGUGAUGGGGAGCCUGGGCGCGGUGGCUUUCGGCGCCGUGCAGCCGCUGUACUCCUUCGUGAUGGGGAGCAUGAUAUCCAUGUUCUUUCUAACGGAUCAUGAGCAGAUCAAAUCGAACACGACGACGUACUGCCUCGUCUUCGUCGCCCUGUCGGUCCUCUCCUUCUUGGUCAACAUUCUGCUGCACUACAACUUCGGGGCCAUGGGGGAGUAUCUGACGAAGCGGGUGAGAGAGAGGAUGCUCUCCAAGAUCCUCACUUUCGAGGUCGGGUGGUUCGAUCGGGACGAGAACUGCACCGGCGCCGUUUGCUCUCGGCUCGCCAACGAUGCCAAUGUGGUGAGGAUGUUGGUGGGUGAUCGGAUGUCAUUGAUCAUUCAGACAGUCUCCGCUGUCACCAUCGCAUGGACGAUGGGCCUUGCCAUCGCAUGGAAGCUGGGCCUCGUCUUGAUCGCCAUCCAACCCCUGAUAAUAGUCUGCUACUACUGCCGCAAGGUCAUCCUUCAGAGCAUGUCCAAGAAGGCCAGGGCGUCCCAGUCCGAGAGCAGCAAGGUUGCGACCGAGGCCGUCGCAAACGUGCGAACCAUCACUGCCUUCUCGUCGCAGGACCGGAUCAUCCACCUGUUCGAGAGAACCCAAGACAGGCCGCGGCAGAAAAGCGUUUGGCAGUCGUGCGUGGCCGGCAUCGUCCUCGGCCUCUCCGAGGCUCUCAUGAGGUGCAGCUGGUCCCUGGCCUUUUGGUACGGCGGCAGGCUGAUGUUUCAUGGCCACAUCACCGCCAAGGCUCUGUUUCAGAACGUGCUGAUCCUAAUAAGCACAGGCCGCGUCAUCGCCGAGGGCGGAAGCAUGACUUCCGACCUCGCCAAGGGAGCAGAUGGAGUCAGCUCGGUGUUCGCAGUGCUGGAUCGGUGUACCCACAUCGAUCCCGAGGACGACAGAGGUUAUCGCCCGAAGAAGCUAGCCGGCGAAAUCGACAUCAAUGGGGUUGACUUCGCAUACCCGUCGCGGCCAGACGUGUUCAUUUUUAGAGACUUCUCCCUCGCCGUCGAGGCGGGUAAGACGACGGCAUUGGUGGGCCAAAGCGGCUCCGGGAAAUCAACCGUCAUCGGGCUCAUCGAGCGCUUCUACGAUCCGCUUAAGGGGGAAGUGAGGAUCGACGGCAGGGACGUGAAGUCGUAUCACUUGCGGUCACUGAGGAAGCACAUCGGGUUGGUGGGACAAGAGCCGACUCUGUUCGCCGGCACCGUGCGCGACAACAUAGCCUACGGCACGGAGGGGGCGACGGAGGGCGAGAUCGAGGAGGCAGCGAGGACGGCCGACGCCCACGACUUCAUCAGCUGCCUCAAGGACGGCUACGACACGUGUUGCGGCGACAGGGGAGCGCAGCUCUCCGGGGGCCAGAAGCAGCGGAUCGCGAUCGCGAGGGCGGUAUUGAAGAACCCGGCGGUGCUGCUGCUGGACGAGGCGACGAGCGCGCUGGAUAGCCAGUCGGAGAAGGUGGUGCAGGCGGCGCUAGAGAGGGUGAUGGUGGGGAGGACGUGCGUGGUGGUGGCGCACCGGCUGAGCACCGUGCGCAGCUGCCACCUCAUUGCUGUGCUGGAGAAGGGAUCGGUGGUGGAGAAAGGGACCCAUGAAUCACUUCUGGCCAAGGGGCCCGCAGGAUCUUACUAUGGUUUGGUCAGCCUCCAGUCUCACUGAGCUCGGACACCCAACGUGACUUGUUGGUUGCCUAGACUUAUCAUCCGGAAAGUUUCACCGUCUUCCACCAUUUAUUUUUAGAUUUAAAUUUCGAAACCAAAUUUUAGUAAAUCUCAUGUGUUGUCAUG